UGUAAGUUGAAUUUGAAAACAUGUCAUCGCAAACAUACAGAAAUACACAGAACUGACCCUGAUAUGGGAUGUGUCAAGAUGAACCCUUCAGAUAACAUGUUUAUCUGAGUCUUAUGUUCAUGGCUAAACAUAGCAUGUAUUUCUUUUGUCGCUGAUGUCAGUGGAGUCCCGCAGCUGCGUUAGCUGUACAGGAGAUAUGCACACCAGGCCUGUCCUUACAUGCGCAUGACUAGAAGGCGUAUAUCACAGGGGACACAAACGACUGUUUUUGGUGUAAACAAGUGACCAACUUGUUUGCAAUGGACGACGGUGUAUGAAGUCUGUGGAUAAAUAUUAAUGCCAAAGUUGGCUGAUAGCCGUUCAGACGGAGGAAAAUGAUUCGUGCUGUCAUUAUCCUCGUUAUUGUUUUUGCUACAGAGGCAGAAUCGAGGGAUGGCUAUCAUAGAAAGUACUGCAAGUCUGGGUGUCGAAGUUUGCUGAACGGACCCCCCUGUCAACAAUGCAAAUAUGGUUGCUAUGGGGACAACUGUACACACCACUGCAGACGGUGUGACAUUAGCGGGUGCGACAGAAUGACAGGAAUCUGCUAUAGGUGCAAACCAGGCUACUAUGGUGGAAGCUGCGAUAACCACUGUCCCCGAGGAUGCACGUCCAAUGGGUAUGAAGACUGUGACCGCGAGACAGGAGUUUGUUUACAAGGCUGCAGAGUUGGGUAUCACGGCAGGAGAUGUGACCGACAGUGUCCAAAACAUUGUAAGCAUUCAACCUGUCGAAAAGAAACAGGCAGUUGUUCAUACGGCUGCAGAGAAGGUUGGAGGGGCACAUCCUGCACCGACUCUACUCCCGAUUGCCCCAACUGUGUACAUGGACUAUGUGGACUGGACGGGAAGUGCAGCACGAGGUGUAUACCAGGCUUGUAUGGGCAAUAUUGUGACUGGAAAUGCUUAAACUGUCACACAACUGGAUGUGACAAGAAUUCGGGCAGAUGUAACGCAUGUUCUCCGGGGUUCUACGGGAGUCGGUGUAAUCUGCGGUGUAAUAGAAACUGUUACACAGGGCUGGACCACGUCCGUCGUUGUCACCGGGGAACGGGUCAAUGCCUGGAGGGGUGUAGGGAAGGGUGGCAUGGGGGCUUCUGUAACAAACGCUGCAGCAGCAACUGUAAAGACUCCAGAUGCUUCAGUGAUGAUGGUUCCUGCGUUGAUGGCUGUGAAGAAGGUUGGAGCGGAAUACACUGUGAUCAGGAAACAAAUUGUCUUCGAGGCAUGCGUGAUAGAGACGGAGAAUGCCUCCUAGGUUGUUUACAGGGUUGGACAGGACGAACAUGCCACAUCAAGUGUCCUUUCUAUUGCGAGACUUGUGAUGCAGAGACGGGGCAAUGCCUCCAGUGUUCACCAGGAUAUUUUGGUGCCGCAUGUGCCUAUGAAUGCAGCCUAUCCUGUACCAACCUGACAUGUGAUAUGGAUGGCGCCUGCACACAUGGGUGUAUAGACGGGAUGUCCGGUACCCGGUGCCAGACUACAUGUCGGUGGCCGUGUUCUUCCUGUACCCAGAGUGGGAAAUGCACAGCAUGCCUCCCAGGGUACAGGUUGAUGGGAAGACAAUGCAUAGACACUGUUCAUCAGACCAUGUCAUCACCGGGGGCUGCUUCAUCAGCUCUGUCACAUAGUCCAGGCAAUAUUUUACAAGUAGAUGCGAUGGUAUUGUUUUCUGGUGUCCUGGCAUCACUCUACAACCCACAGUAGAUCACCACAGCUGCACUUAAAGCAGGUGUGGCGAGUGGUUUCUUCAUGUGUGUAUCUACAAGAGUCCCAGGAGAGACUGUCGCAGCUCGAACCUACUGUUUUUGUGUCGGUAGUUGAGAACAGUUCAUGUAACAGACGAAUGUUCAUGUUAAAACUUGUAUAUCAAUAAAGUUCUAACUGUGUAUA